AUGCACAGAAGAUCAGCUUCCUCCCAAGGAGGUGGAGUCCGGUCCUGUGGCCCUGAGGACACAGGCACAGGUGCUGAGCAGCUGGGCGGCGGCGGUGGCUACUGGGCAGUAGUGGUGCUGUUUGUCAUCGGGCUCUUCACGGCAGGAGCGUUCAUCCUCUACAAGUUCAAAAGGAAACGGCCGGGCAGGACCGUGUAUGCCCAAAUGCACAAUGAGAAGGAGCAGGAGAUGACCAGCACUGUGAGCCACAGUGAGGACGUCCAGGGCGCUGUCCAGGGUGAGGAGUUUAUAGAUGAUGAUCUCGACUCGCAGACUCUAGGUAACGUCCGCCCCAAACCCACCCCACCCUCCAGCAGGCCACCUCGCUGGGCCACUGUGGCCAGCAAAACGCACAGGACCCCGGUCCAGCAGACCUUGCUGGGUCAGUUGGGCCCACUGUGUCCCUCCGUCUGAUGAGGGGAUGACGCGACCUCUCAGGGCUGCCCCCAGAAAUGAAAUCCAAGACCUGUGGACGCUGAGGGCCCCAUGCCUGGCAAUGACCAAACAGCCCCCGACAGCCCAGUCGAGGCAGGAAAAGGACGGGAAACAGGGCUAGCUUUGAAAGGAAGCCUGACUCUGGCCUCAGGGUGUGGGAGGCCUUUUCCCAGACAGCUGCUCCCUCAGCACUACCAGUCCUCCCCUUCACUGCGGUGGUGAUUUAGGGAACAUCCCACACCUGGACCUGCGGCACCGCACUUUACAGUUUACGAAGCAUUUCCACGGAUGUGAUCAUGCCCAAGACUGUGGCCUUGGUUCAGAGUCCUCAUCCCUA